AUGUCUUCUGCGAGGACCAUGCCUAUGUUUCUGCUAAUGAGUCUGGUGGCUGUGAUGAUGGCAAGAACAAUAGUCCCACAAAAUCCAGGAUGUCCAAAUGUUGGGGACAAAAAUUUCCCGCAGACUGUGAGACUCAACCAUAUCAUGAUUAACCGGAACACAAGCUUCAGAAGGGUCUCAGAUUACUACAACCGAUCCACCUCACCUUGGAGUCUCCACCGCAAUGAGGACCCUGAGAGAUACCCCUCUGUGAUUUGGGAGGCCAAGUGCCUCCACUUGCACUGUGUCGAUGCUGAAGGGAAGAUGAACUACCACAUGAACUCCGUCGGCAUCCAGCAAGAGAUCUGGGUCCUGAGAAGGGAAAGUGGACGCUGUCCCCACUCCUUCCGGAUGGAGAAGAUGCAGGUUACCGUGGGCUGCACCUGUGUUAAGCCCAUCAUAAUACACAAGAGCUGA